GGUCUUGUAGUGUUUAGCUUCAUGAGUUUAGUUCUGAAACUUGCAUUUUCAUGGUGGGUGAAGCCAGUCCUAACACAUUUCAAGCUCAAGAGAUGUGGAUUUGGUGGCCCAACGCCAAGUUUCCCCCUCGGAAACAUUAAAGAGAUGAAAAAGCAGAAUAACAGAAACUCUAUUAUUCUUACUGACCAUGAUGAUCAUGAUGAUGAUCACUUGUCUUCAUCAUCCUCAUCAUCAAAACCCAGCCAUGAUAUACACUCCACUGUUUUCCCUUACUUCUCUCGAUGGCAGAAUUCUCACGGGAAGGUGUUCGUGUACUGGUUGGGGACAGAGCCGUUUUUGUACAUAGCAGAGCCAGAAUUCUUGAAGAAAAUGUCGACCGAGGUUUUGGCAAAGAGAUGGGGAAAGCCCAGUGUGUUCAAAAACGACAGAGACGCCAUGUUUGGAAGUGGCCUUGUUAUGGUCGAAGGCAACGAUUGGGUUCGUCAUCGUCAUAUCAUUGCCCCCGCCUUCUCUCCUCUUAACCUCAAGGCAAUGGCGUGCAUGAUGGUGGAAUCCACAAACCAAAUGAUAGAAAGAUGGUGUUCACAAAUAAGUUCUGGGAAUUCUGAAAUAGAUGUAGAAAGGGAGGUUAUAGCCACAGCAGGAGAAAUCAUAGCGAGAACGAGCUUUGGUAUGAGAGAUCAUCCUGAGAAGGCAAGGCAAGUUUUUGAUAAACUAAGAGCUCUUCAAAUGACUCUCUUUAAGACGAAUCGAUAUGUGGGUGUUCCCUUUGGGAAUUACUUGAACGUUGAGAAAACCCUAGAGGCUAAGAAACUGGGCAAAGAGAUUGAUGCUCUCUUGUUGUCCAUCAUUGAAUCUCGGAAACAGUCGAAAAACAUGAGACAACCUCAACCUCAACCUCAUCAGGAUCAACAAGAUUUGUUAGGUUUGUUGAUGCAAGCCAAUAAAUUGACCAUGAGAGAACUUGUUGAUGAGUGCAAAACUUUCUUCUUUGGCGGACAUGAAACCACUGCGCUUGCUGUAACUUGGACUUUGCUGCUUCUGGCUACGCACGAAGAUUGGCAAAAUCAACUCAGAGAUGAGAUUAAAGAAGUUGUCGGAGACAACGAGCUGGGUGAUGUUAAUUUACUCGCAGGUUUAAGAAAGAUGAAGUGGGUGAUGAAUGAAGUCCUGAGAUUAUACCCACCUGCACCAAACGUGCAAAGGCAAGCCAGAGAAGACAUUAAAGUGGAUAACUUAACAGUGCCUAAUGGAACCAACAUGUGGAUCGAUGUGGUGGCGAUGCACCACGACCGGGAACUGUGGGGCGAAGACGCCAACGAGUUCAGGCCGGAGAGGUUUAAAGACGACGGCGUUAAUGGAGGAUGCAGGCAUAAGAUGGGUUAUUUGCCUUUUGGGUUUGGAGGGAGAAUGUGUGUAGGAAGGAACUUGGCUUUCAUGGAGUAUAAGAUUGUGUUAACUCUUCUUCUUACUAGGUUUAGGUUUAAAGUCUCACCACGUUAUCGUCAUUCUCCUUCAAUCAUGCUCUCUCUCAGGCCUGCUCAUGGACUUCUUCUCACAGUUGAGCCUCUUCACUGA